CCGUACCUCCUCUCCUCAAUCAACGCAACAAGGAAUCCAUCCAUCCAUCCCCAGUAGCUAGGAUAGAAGCAGCAGCGAUGGCCCACAAGAGCACUCGGACGAUGAUGGCCCUGUUCGUGGCCGUUCUGGUGGUGGCGGCGGCGGCGUCCCUGCCCGCGGCCACCGCGUACGGGUGCUACGACGACUGCUACGAGCGGUGCGCCAACGGCAAGGACGACCCCGUCUGCACCAAGAUGUGCAACCAGGCGUGCGGCCCCGCCGACCAGGGGGCUGCCGCCGGUGCCGGGGGCGCGCCCAAGGCUUGAUCAUCCGCUCCGCUCCCAUCCCAUCACCAACCAAACUAUAGCUAUGCAUCAUCAUCAUUCAUCGCCCCACCCAUGCCAUUACAAACUUUUGUAUUUCUUUGUGCGCGCGUUCCCUUCCUGCAAUUUAUAAUUUGUAAGUGAUGAACCAAAUGUCCUCUAUAUAUUAUUCAAGAUUUUUGUAUUUGGAGAAAAUCAGCAUCAAACUGUUUCAACUCCU